AUGAAGGGUGAAGCUAGAGCCUCCCUCAAGCUGGAUACGUCUCACGGGAAUGUAGGGCGUGAUACCGGUCCGAUUGGCAAGGAGCCCCGGAAGUCUAAAUCGUCUGUUAAGAACAGACAGGCGCCGCCGAAACGGAACAAGCGUAAAGGGCGCUUGAGCGCACUGCCGACCCUACCCCUCGAUGUGUUAUAUGAAAUCUUUGCUCACCUUGGACCGGGCGACCUCCUGCAUCUUGCUCGCACUACCAAGGCUUUUCGCAGUUUGCUCCUUACGCGAAGAUCACUCUCUCUAUGGAAAGAAGUACUCGACGUCUCAGCCGCAAACGGUGACCCCGUCAAGCCGGAUGAUAUGUCAGAGAUUGCUUGGACUGCAUUGAUCUUCGGCAAGCCGUGGUGCACGAUGUGUGGCGGACGAACGUCCAACCCAGUCCUUUGGGCGCUUCAAAUGCGACCAUGCACGGCAUGCGUGUUGAAGCAUCUCUACUCCGACGCCAAUCGAGGUCUUGUCUCGUUCGGAGCCCCACUGACGCAUGUUCGUGAGUUUAUGCCUUCCGAGUUUGUGCACUACCCUUCACCUUCUCUCAAGACCAAACGAUGGCAAUACGCUUACCGGAAGACAGACUAUAACGGAUACAGGCUGAAACUCCAAGAUCUGCACGCUCGCUUCCCCGACGAAGCUAAGUUCGAGGAACAACGCGGGCUUCUCAAUCAGGAUCUCCGUCGUGCGCUGGAUGCCCGUGGUGAGUGGGCUCGAGCAUGCCACGCUCGAGAGAGAGCCAAGGAGAAGGAUCGCUCAAAUGAGAUGGAAAGUAUAAGAGCACAGCGCCUCGAGGACAUAAAAUCUCGGCUUCGUCUCCAGGGGUUCGAGGAUCGUGAUCUGGAUUCCUUGAGCUUUCGACAUGAGCCAAAUGUACGCGCAUCGAAGCCUCUGACCGACAGCAGCUGGGCGAAGAUAGCACCCGGCGUGACGUCCUGUGCAGAGUGCGUGCGAGACCACAGGUUACAACGCGAGAGUCUCCAACGGCGGAAAGACCGUGAAGAUGUUGUCGGCUGUGCAUAUCUUGAAUUCCUGAAGAAGAUCCAGUCAACCACCAUCUCAUUCAUGCCUUCCCUUUCCGUCAUUCUUGGUUUACCGCGGAUCUCGAACGCUAUCCGCAAGGACACGCCAGCUUCUAAUCACUUGCAACGCAUUGUCGGCGACGCUCUGGCUCUUUCUUGGUCGGACAUCGUCCAACGCAUCAAUAAACAAGCGUUGCAACUACGAUACAAAGUCCCUGACGGAUGGGUCCGUAGAAGCUGCACCCUACGCGCUACUCCUACGCUUUCCGUCGAAAGCACUCUCCGAAGUCUAGACCUCGUUUCUCACGUUUGGACAUGUGGAGGCUGCACCGAACCUCAUAUCCUCUACGGACUGGACGCGCUCGCACAUACAUCUCUACUCUCUGGCGGAGAGCUAAACUCCCACAUUUCUCCCUCUUCGCGUGCACAUCUUGCCAUCAUGCAGUUGCUCGCAUUACUUGGCCUCGAUCCCGAAGAGACUACUGUCGGCGAUAUGCGCCGGAUUGCCAAUUCGAAACUCUUCAUCUGCCCCAAGUGCGAUCACAACCGGGAACGUCCCAUGCUCUGUCAUUCCUGGACAUCAGCCGUAUCGCAUGCCGGACGGUCCCCGCACGAUGGCCCUUUCUUGGGGCCCGCCGAGUUCACGCUUGUUAAACUAGAUCCUCUACAGGAGCGAUCGGCUUUGCAGAGGGCUUGGGGCUGUUGCCAUUGUACAUUUCACCUCAAACUGGCAACUACGCGCUCGGAGCAACACCUACAGACUGCGGGCCCAUGGCCUCAGCUGGUGGAGCUGAAACAGCACCUCGAGCAGUCCCAUGGUAUACAGGAAGGGGUAGAAGGCAUAGACUACUUCUUCAAUCGUCAAAACCCUCGCGCUAUUGAGGAGAAGGGGAUACCGGUGCCGACGAAAGACAUAGUAGAGGCUGUCGAAUUGCUCGAGGGAACAGCGACUGAACAGAACGUAGUUUGA